AUGGAGGCCAUCAAGAAAAAGAUGCAGAUGCUGAAGCUGGACAAGGAGAAUGCCAUCGACCGGGCAGAGCAGGCAGAGGCAGAUAAGAAAGCCGCCGAGGACAAAUGCAAGCAGGUGGAGGAGGAGCUGACGCACCUACAGAAGAAGCUGAAAGGGACGGAAGACGAACUGGAAAAAUACUCUGAGGACCUGAAGGAAGCACAAGAGAAGCUGGAGCUGACCGAGAAGAAAGCCUCCGACGCCGAAGGUGAUGUGGCAGCUCUCAAUCGACGCAUCCAGCUAGUUGAGGAGGAGUUAGACCGGGCUCAAGAACGUCUAGCCACAGCCCUCCAGAAGCUGGAGGAGGCAGAAAAAGCUGCAGAUGAGAGUGAGAGAGGAAUGAAGGUGAUAGAAAACCGGGCCAUGAAAGAUGAGGAGAAGAUGGAGAUUCAGGAGCUGCAGCUCAAAGAGGCCAAGCACAUCGCUGAAGAGGCUGACCGCAAAUACGAGGAGGUAGCUCGUAAGUUGGUCAUCCUGGAAGGUGAGCUGGAAAGGGCAGAGGAACGUGCAGAGGUGUCUGAACUAAAAUGUGGUGACCUAGAAGAAGAACUCAGGAAUGUCACUAACAAUCUGAAAUCACUCGAGGCUGCAUCUGAAAAGUAUUCUGAAAAGGAGGACAAAUAUGAAGAAGAAAUUAAACUUCUUUCUGAUAAACUGAAAGAGGCUGAGACCCGUGCUGAAUUUGCAGAGAGAACAGUUGCAAAACUGGAAAAGACAAUUGAUGACCUGGAAGAAAAACUUGCCCAGGCCAAAGAAGAGAACGUGGGCUUACAUCAGACACUGGAUCAGACACUAAACGAACUUAAUUGUAUAUAACCAAACAGAAGUCUUGUUUCAACUGAACUCCAGAACUCCAUGUCUCUUCUCUUGUAAGAAGUUUCUUUUAUUAUUGCAUCUUCACUUUGCUGGAAAUGUCAAGCAAAUUAUGAAUACAUGACCAAAUAUUUUGUAUCAGAGAAGCUUUGAGCACCAGUUAAAUCUAAUUCCUUCCUUUUUUCAAAUGGCACCAGCUUUUUUGGCUCAUUUUUUUUAUUUUCCUUAAUUGCAUUUAUUACUAAGGUAGGCAGGGUAUUUCAUAUUGAGCAUACUCUCUUAAGACUGAGGGCAUUUGGUUCCAGGAAGAAUAGCCCCACACUUUCAAGAACACAGAAUCCAAUUUCUACUCAUGGAUCAAUUUAAAACACUGAAGAAUAUAACCUUCUGGGUCACUGCUGGUCAAACUACAGGAGGCGAGGGACAAUCACACGAGUGGGGAUUUUCCAUCCAGAGCCAAAAAAAAAACAAGGGGAGGGCUGUUGUGAGAAGUCAUAAACCGCAGCUAGAUUAACCUAAUCAUUCUGGUCCUUCUCUACACUCUACUGUGCAGAGCAAACAUUCUCUUGAGCACCCAGCUUAAGAAUGCCUGGGAAAUAGUCUUAAUAAUUACCCAAAUAUUUUCUGGAUAGAUCUUUGGUGUUAUGUAGUUCUACAUACUCCUUUCAUUCAAAUGUUGUUCUCUGAAGAGCAAGAAUCUUAGUCCAAUAAUGAUUCAUGUUUUUCUGCUCUGAUAUAAAGCCAUCCACUCAGCAGAAAUAUGGCGUUCAGUCCUAUUUGGGUCAGCCAUAUCAAGAAGAUUGAUUGCUAUCAAUAAACUGAGCAAAGAGUUUUUUUCCUAUUAGCAGAAAGGGCCUCUCUGGCACCAAAGCAGAGAUAAAAAUGUAAUUGGCCUAACUUCAUUUUCAUACUUCAGAGAAUGGCAUACUGAAGAUUUACUUAUUUGAUUCCUUUUUUGGAACCAAAUUAAAAGAAGACCAAGAAACUCCUGAUUAAACUGGAUAUGGAGUAUUUUGUAGGCAAGGCUGCACAUUUUGGCUUUGUUAUAUUUCUGUUUUCUCAGUUAACAUCUCAGAGCUGAAACAUUCCACAUUCCCCAACAGUGUGGGGGCUAAAUCAAGUUUACAGGUCUGAUUAAAAAUCACCCUGCUUCUAGCUUAUCUGAAUCCCUUCCCCCUCACUCCUAUUUAUUAAGCACCACACUACCCAGGAGAUACACUAGUAAAUUGUGCAAUUGAAUAAAAUCCACAUUUUUCUUUAGAUUCCUGCGACUGUAUCAUAUGUAAUACUAUCACUUUUUCUACAUUUUGGUCAAAUAAAUUUUUACAUAAACUACAAA